AUGCGGCUCAAUGUGGAGACCUUUGCCAAGUCCAUCCCCAUCAUCCUGAAACAAACGACUGCGAAUGAAGUUGGUGGCGUCAACCUUGUGCAGAUGCUUUCAGCCGCAAUUGAGUCAAUCUUGAUGCAGUGCAUGGACAUCACAGAAAUGACUAGUGAGCUCAGCAUUCAACUUCAGAAUGGGUCAACAGAAUUGCGUAUCAUACCCAUCGUGAGCGGAGCAGCUCCCAUGAUACAAGACAUACUCAGGUCGAAGACAAGCAUACCCAUCAAGAUUGAGAAGCCAAACUUGGAACUCGUGUGCGACACUGGAAACAGGGGCACUAGAUGCAAGAUCGCCAUCGUCGGGUCAUCGGGUCGCUUUCCACAAGCUGAUAACAACGAAGCUUUCUGGGAUCUGCUAGUGCAAGGAAAAGACGUCCACAAGCCGGUUCCAGCCUCGCGUUGGAGUUCAAGUUCCCACGUCGAUACUUCAGAGAGACCAAAAAAGAAUACGAGUGCGACACCGUAUGGUUGCUGGCUUGAGAAUGCUGGACUGUUCGAUGCUAGGUUCUUUGGCAUGUCUCCUCGUGAAGCGGAACAAGUCGAUCCCGCCCAGCGCCUUGCACUUAUGGCGACCUACGAAGCGCUUGAAGACGGCGGGAUUGUUUCGGGCCAACGGUCGGCGCAACCAACGCGUGUGGGAGUGGCAUUCGGAGUGACGAGCAAUGACUGGAUGGAGACGAACAGUGCUCAGAAUAUCGACACGUACAUGAUACCCGGCGGCAACCGAGCGUUUAUCCCCGGGCGAAUUAACUAUACCUUCAAAUUCAGCGGUCCUAGCUACGCGGUCGACACAGCCUGCUCUUCGAGUCUAGCUGCGAUUGAUGUCGCGUGCCGAGUGCUCCGGAUGGAGGAGGCAGACACUAUGAUUGCUGGCGGAGUGAAUAUCAUUACCAACCCAGAUUUUACCGCAGGGCUUGACAGAGGGCAUUUUCUCUCGAGGACGGGGGGUUGCAAGUCAUUUGACGACGAGGCAGAUGGCUACUGUCGCGGAGAAGGAGUUGGAGUCGUCGUCUUGAAGCGUUUGGAUGACGCUAUUAUGGAUGGCGACUCGAUCAAAGGCGUUCUUGUCGACAUCCGCACCAAUCACUCCGCUGAGGCAGAUUCCAUCACGCGACCACAUUCAAAAGCGCAGAGCGAUCUCUUUGCCAGGCUGCUGAACGGCUUGAGUCCGGCGAAGAUCAGCUAUGUCGAGAUGCAUGGGACAGGAACACAGGUUGGAGACGCAACUGAGAUGUCAAGCGUUUUGGACGUCAUUGCGCCUAGUCGCGGACCUCGUCGUCGAGCGCGGGAAGAAGCUGUGCAUCUAGGGUCAGCUAAAGCUAACGUUGGCCACGGUGAGGCGGUCGCAGGUGUCACCAGCUUCAUCAAGCUGCUGCUAAUGCUCGAACAUGAUACAAUACCGCCACAUGUUGGCAUUAAGACGCGUCUCAAUCGCCGAUUCCCGAAAGACCUGGCGGAUCGAGGGGUCCGUAUUGCAUCAGCACCGGUGCCCUGGAAGCGGCGUGGUGCAGCACCUCGCUUCGCAUUGGUUAACAAUUUUAGCGCUGCGGGAGGUAACACUGCUUUGCUACUUCAGGAUGCGCCUGCGCAAGAGAAGCCAGUCAUCACGGGAGGCAUACGGCCGGUCUUUCCGGUUGUCAUCUCUGCUAAGACCCGGUCAGCACUGCAUGCCAACGCCCGAGCGCUUCUCUGCUUCCUUCAGAAAGGCCACAAGGACUUGCCAUCCCUGUCUUACACGACCACUGCGAGACGCAUGCACCACUCGCAUAGGCUUUCUUUCAGUGUAUCAUCUGUGGAAGAGCUUAUUUCCAAGCUUGUUGCUAUCUCGUCGCAGGCCACGGACUCCCAAUCGAGUAGCCGUCCGCCUUCAGUAUGCUUCGUCUUCACUGGGCAGGGUGGGCAUUACUUGGGCAUGGGCCGAGAGCUGUACCACACAAACAAGGCUUUCAGAACCGAUGUCCAGCGCUUCGACACCCUCGUGAAAGUUAUGGGAUUCAAGCCUUUCCUUCCUUUGAUCCACAGCAACACAGGGGAUGUCUCCAACUUCAGUGCUGAGCAAACCCAACUAGCACACGUCAGUCUGCAAAUGGCAUUAUGCAGACUUUGGAACUCCUGGGGCAUAGUUCCUUCCAGCGCGAUGGGCCACAGCCUGGGGUAUUAUACUGCUCUCAACGUGGCAGGCAUCCUCUCAGAUUCCGAUACUUUGUUCGCGGUUGGCACGCGGGCCCGCUUACUGCAAAAUAAAUGCAAGUUAGGUACACACUGUAUGCUGGCUGUCAAAGCGAGCAAGGACGAUGUCGAGCACCUGUUGCCAGCUGCUGCUGCUGUUGACAUCGCAUGCGUUAACGGGCCUCAUGAUGUCGUCUUGAGUGGAAAGCGGAUAGAUAUUGAAACAGUAGAUUCAUAG